AUGGCUCGUAAGCGUAAGGGCCAGGCCCUUAACGACUGGCCCAAGGAUCUCAACGACAUUCCGUACAUCCGUUGGAUGAACCAGCAGAUCGCCAACGAGCGCCAUCCGAGGAGAUUAUCCGCGCCGCCCGUGCUCGACGGCCAGGGAUCCAGUGCACAGUCACCCACCGCGGCCCCGUCACGUGUGCGCCGCCAGCCUGCAAGGACGGCGGCAACACACCGGCCUGUCGUGGAGCAAGAGGGUGACGAUGCUGAUGAUGACGACCGCGACGAAGGCAUCGACACCGAAGACGAGGAGGAAGAACCGGAAGACCUUGGGAUGUCGCCCAGCGACGACGACGACGACGAUGAGGACGCCGAGGAUGACGCGGAGGAGGAAGCGCAACCUGUUGCCCAGCCGCCGAAACGGAGCGCCGCUCGCGCAUCUGGGACUGACAAGGGCAAAGGCAAGGCGGUGCCACCACCGCCACGCCAGGAGCCACGGAAGAAGCGGUCGGCUGCACCAGUCGAGAGGGGCUUAUGGUCGGACAAGGAGAGCACCAUCUUCGCCGCGGCAAAGUUGUUCAUCCGAAUACUCGCGCACAUCAAGGAGUCGAACCCUGGAUGGUGCAGGGGGGUCAACGCGUUGCAGAAGCAGUGGCGUAACUUGAUGCUCCUUUGGCGGGAGUACAAGCGUGGCGACGGGGGGUCGGGCAACGGCUCGGUGGAGAAACCACCGUGGUAUCCGUACCUCGAGCUGCACAACCAGGACACUGCCGCAGCUGCACCGCAUGCGGUGGACGGCGGCGGCGCGACUAAUGUCAACGUGCCGGCCGACAUGGAGAUUCCAAGUUCGUCACAGCCAGGCACGUCAACACCAUGCUUUAUUGGUGAGUCGAGCUUCUAUAACCGUAACAAUGCUACGCAUUCCUUUCAUUGA